UUUUAAUAUGCUCCGCCUUUAAUAUGCAUAUAUGAUUGAUGACGUCAUCUCAGGAAUCCAACUAAACAGAAAUGAACCGACCCUUUAAGCCGAGUUUAAUCAUCCAAUACCCUGGCUUGUUUGGCAGCACUGUUUACAUCCGCAAGAGGCUUAUCAAAGAUAAACUAGGGAAUACGAUCAUAUAGAACCAUACAGACGUUAAGGAAACACCAUUUUCAAGAAAAAGAAAAUAUUACGGAUGAACAUAGCUAAAAGUAGUAUCAGUAUUUUAGUUCGGAUUUAGUCGUGUCGUCGCUUUAGCCAAGGGACAUGGUGUACAAAACAGCCGUGUGCACGCUGGUUGAGCGGUUUGGUGGGGGCAACGACGGACAUAAGGGGAGACAACCCAAAAAGAUGACAUCAGGCAGGAUGAGAAAAGAUUUGCGGUUAAUCAUGGCGAAGUUUGAGAAUCAGACGAACGCCGGAUCUACACAACCAACAACCACAAAAACAACAACAACGUCUGCACAAAAAGAUGUGACAUCAUCACAACUCGAUGUCAACACAACACAAACAUUGACGAUGACAACAAUGUCCAUAGAAUCAUCACAACAAAAAGUGAUGACGUCCAAACAAGAAAUGCAAACGUCAUUAAAUAAAGUGGUGACAUCAGUGCGUGGGGACUCUGGAUAUGGUGGCUUCAGUGACACUGAUAGAAGUGAGGGAGAAACAAGUAGACCAAGUAGUGGUAUAUGUGAGAGCCCCUCGGAAAAUCUAGACAUUCAUUUUACAAGUGCAUUAACCUUAAAUCUUAAUCCUAACAAAUCAAUACGUGAUAAUACCCCAAAUCUCAAAAGUUGUGAUGAAGAUGAAUCGGAGAUUACAAACAAUGAUACUCCGCUCACUCCUGAGCCAAAUGUAACAAUAACCCCUGCGGAAGACACCGAUACUGCGCGAAACGAGGAUGGACAUGUAUUUGUCAACACAACUGAACGAUCGGUGGCUGAGGAAAGGGGGAAAUUGGAUAUUGCAGAAGGUGGUGUCUCAAAAGUGCCAAGGACAAGUAUACACGAUGAAAAUGGGAUUAUAAGAAUAGAUGAAACAGAUUACGGGGAUGAUGGUGAACUUUCAAUAGAACACAAACAAGUCAAACUAAAAAAGAAGAAACGAGUCACAACAGAAUUUGAAAUGUUGGAAUUCCUUGGAAGGGGGAAAUUCGGGGAAGUCACGAAAUGCUUAGAGAAGUCAACAGGGAAGGUUUUCGCUGCGAAAUGCGUCUACGCACCGACAGAGCAAAUGGUUAAAGAAGUGGCGAACGAGAUUGAUAUAAUGAACUCCCUACAUCAUGCUAGGCUUCUGCAGUUACAUGAUGCAUUCCAGCACAAGGACGAAAUAAAUCUAGUCUUAGAAUGUAUCUUGGGUGGUGAACUGUUUGAUAGAGUUCUCCGAGAUGACUUUAUCCUAACAGAGCGGGCGUGUAUGUUGUUUAUGCGGCAGAUAUGUGAGGGGGUCGAGUAUAUGCAUUCACAAGACAUUCUACAUUUAGAUAUGAAGCCAGAAAACAUUCUGUGCCUGACUUGGACGGGGACCAAUAUCAAAAUCAUCGACUUCGGUUUAGCUCGAAGAAAGAAGCCAGACGAAGACAUGAGAGUUAUGUUCGGUACUCCAGAAUUCAUGGCACCGGAAGUAGCUAACUAUGAUUUGAUUGGUACAGAGACUGACAUGUGGAGUGUGGGUGUUGUUUGCUAUGUAUUGCUGACGGGAUUAUCGCCAUUUAUGGGACCCACUGAUGCCGAGACACUAGGAAACGUGACAAAGGCAGAGUAUGAUUUUAACUAUAAGGAAUUCGAGACCAUAUCUGAUACUGCCAAAGACUUCAUCAAGAAACUGUUGAUUCCUGAUAGAACUAAACGUAUGUCAGCGAGGGAAUGCCUUGAGCAUGAAUGGUUACAAAGGCAGCCAUGUAAAAUUAAACCCAAACAGCUGUCCAAAAAGAAGCUGCGCGGUUUUGUCUGUAGAAGGAAAUGGCAGAAAGCUGUCAAUGCAAUUUUGGCGUUGAAGCGAAUGGGGGUGCAGCUGCAAUAGAGGAUCAUGAUCAUGGAAUGAUUACACAUUGAAGUCACCACAUGGCCUUGGUAAUGCAGAUUCUACCUUGAUGGCGCGUGCGCAUCAUUAUAACACGAUUUGAAUGGGUGUGAACAAAUUGCACGAUUCUGAAUAUUGUGUUUGACAAUCAGAGAAAAGCAAACCAAAUAAGGCAGCCAACAAAUCCAAAUGGAAACAGUUAACAGAUCAACAACAAACACAUAUUUGGUCUUCAAAUGAGAUUGUAGACAGUGUAGCGUUACAUGUGACUGUAUAUCAUAAAAAAACAAAGACCACCCGACCAGAUAUGAUACUUGUAAAAGAGGGAAGACGUUAUACAGCAUGUACUGCAAUAAAAGUAUUCGCUAACAAGAUUUGAUUAGGGUUACCUUUCUCAGCGGGUGUGUGUAGAACACGUGGACUAUUGGACUAUAAGUGUUGGUUUACCCAAGACUAAAAGUAUGCAUAAGAGUGUUUUUGCCAAGACUAUGCACAUCUACUUGCCUAGAAUAACUGUGUAAUGAUUACAUGCAUGGAUAAUCUUUAAAUGUACGCGGUUUAAGUUAUUCAUAUUUUUCCGUAUUUUGUUAAAUACUUUGUAGACAACAUACUGGGGGUAUAAUUCUUUGAAUGUUGACUGUUUUUCUUAAGCGCCAUCUAUAAGACCAUGCUUUAUAACCAUGGUUUAAGAUAAUUACUACCGUUUAAAUUAGUAGUCUCGGCUUUAAAGAGGCUCUUAAACAAAAUUAUGUAUAUAAAUAAUAACUCGUGUGUAAAUAAUAUGACGACGUUUUUUCCUCAUGUAUAUAAAACAGAUCUCAGAGUUGACAUGUAUAAGAUAUUGCUUUGUAUGCCCUUUUAGCUUGAUGUACAUAUAAUACUUGUUUUUGAUAAGAGUGUUUAACGAGGUUACCUGGAAUGUCGUUGUGAUAUGCGUUCGAUUACCUCUCCUAAAGUACCAUAUAGUUUAUGUGAAUAUCAGACAUUGGAAAGGGGGGGGGGGCAAAAUGACUGUAUGAUUGACACGAAAAAUCGAUAGGAAAAUGAAUCCCCAAAAUGCAACUUUAUCAAAGUAUAAGUAUUGUCCCCUGUACCUCAUUUUAAAAGUUAGAAAUGUCCAUUUGUCAGUACACAUUACUUUCCUUGAAAAAUCUGGAAUCAACAUGUCAUUUUGGCUUCAGAGUGUGGAGCAUCCUGUAUUUCCUGGACCUCAGCGAUAGCGGGAUAGAUACAGAAAAUAUCUAUCCCGUCCAUGGAUAUACUAUAUAUUCCCUCACGUUAUGAACCAUAAGCAUAGUAGGUAUGGAAUACAUAAAGCAUUUUUUGUAAUAAUUUACAAUAUGUAAUAUUUAAUAACGAUUGAUAAGCAAUGUACCAUGUAAUAAUACAUGACGUAAGACAAUAAACAUAUGUAAAUAUUUAAACAUUGUUUUCAUUAUCUUUUCACAGUUUUCAAUGCAAAACCUCUGUCCCUUUCUGGAUAAACUCUCUGAUAUGGUAGCUUUAACUGUCUUUAUAGUAUUCGUGUUAAGCAACACGUGGUACAAUGUUCUGAUAUGGUCAACACUGGCGGAUCCAGG